UCUAUCAAAAUGUUUGAGAGUGUAAUUACCAAAUUCAUUAUAUUGUAGAAGUUAUUUUGCAAUUUACCCUUACUGUUAUCUUUUAUAAAUAUACGAAACCUUGUCCGCCCGGCGCCUUUACUGAUGAGUUAAACCAAUGAACUCAAACCUUUUUGUUUUAAAAUAUUUGAAAAACAUGACAUAAUGGCUUACGAUGACAUUCAACUUUCCGCCUCAACUAAAUGGAGAUUUUCUACACACUUCCAAACACUAAACAACUCAAUCUCUAUUACACUUAACAAAUCAAAAACACUUUUCCCUCUUCCUACCCAAUUCCUAAUUCCUAUAUAUAAAUGAACCACCUCUUUAGCUUCCUAACUCAGCUUUUUGUAAUAUCAUUGUUGUUAGAGAGAGGGUAGUAACAUUUUUGGCGAUGGGGGAAGAAGUGGAACUGUUUGGUGGAUGGAUGAGUCCAUUUAGCCGGAGAGUGGAGUUGGGUUUGAAACUCAAAGGCAUUGAUUAUAAAUAUCAUGAAGAAGAUUUGAAGAACAAAAGUGAUUUCCUUUUGACUUACAACCCAAUUUACAAGAAAGUCCCUGUUUUUCUUCACAACGGAAACCCCAUUUCAGAGUCACUUAUAAUUCUUGAGUACAUCGAUCAAGUUUGGAACUCACUUUAUCCUUUCUUUCCUCAACAAAAUCCCUACGAAACAGCUCAAGCAAGAUUCUGGGCUAAGUACAUAGAUGACAAGGUUUUGGCUGCUACACUGAAGGCUGCAAAAAGCAGCAAAAGAGAAGAGAAAGAGAAGGGUUUGGAAGAAACAGAGGAGACAUUAAAACCACUUGAGAAAGAGCUUCAAAACAAGAAGUUUUUUGGAGGAAAUCAAAUUGGAUUUGUGGACAUUGUUGGAACUGUAAUUGCAUAUUGGAUCCCAGCCAUUGAGGAAGGUUUUGGAUCUGAGCUGUUGACAAGUAAAAAGUUUCCAAAGUUAACCAAAUGGAGUGAAGAGAUUGUAAAGAACAGUGUGGUCAAACAGGUUUUGCCUCCAAAAUCUGUCCUUGUGGCCUACCUGCAAGUUGUUUUAACGGCCAACUAGAAGAUUUGUUGCUUUCUUUUGUAUCUUCAAUAGACCACCUUGGUUAUGUAAUAAAAUAAAUCUCUGACCUUUUGGUAAAGGUUGAGAAUGUACUCUUACUCUAUAUUUUACUCCUUUCCAACCAUCCUUUUUAUAAUCAUCCUAAUCUAUUUUCAAAUACAUCAAACAAA